AAUCCCAAUCGAAUUCCUGAGGACUAUUUAGGUGCACUAAAAUGUAGUGAACUAGCAGUAUGUUCCGGGAACAGUUUAUAGUGCACUGUCUAUCCCGAGAGGCUUUUCGGUAUUUAGACAGCCACAUCUGCUGAAGGGGAGGAAUGUCUUCGCGAUUUCUAUCCGAAACCUUUGUUCACGAGAUCUGGGCUAAAAAUCUCGAGUGUAAAUGAUUUAUGAAGACACACACACACACACACACACACACACACACGCUGAGUUUAACUGGAAGCUUCACAGUAAGAAGCUGCUGCUACCACGACAGUAGGCUGAUGCUAAAAUGCCGUCACCUGUUAAAGUUAUCGUGGUUGGAGCGGGGAGCCGCGGAGAGACUUACUCCGACUUUGCCUCCAUCCAUCCUGAUCGCCUGAAAGUAGUUGGAAUUGCUGACCCAAGACCUUUUGCACGAAAGAAGCUCCAGGAGCGUCACAAAGUGCCUGAAGGAAAUGUAUUUGAUGAUUGGCAUUGUGUAGCAGAAAGGGAGAAGUUUGCAGAUGCAGUAUUUAUCUGCACUCCUGAUCGCCUUCAUAAGGAACCAGCGGUUGUUUUGGCGAGGAAGGGUUAUCAUAUACUCUUGGAGAAACCAAUGGCAGUGACUCUAGAGGACUGCACAGAGAUUGCAGAGACUUGCGUUCAAAGUGGCGUAAUGCUAACAGUGUGCCAUGUUCUCCGAUACGACCCGUUCAUCAGAAAAAUCAAAGUGCUCAUCGACAGUGGAGCCAUCGGGGACGUCAUUCAUAUUCAACACUUUGAACCAGUGGGCUUUUAUCACUUCGCUCACUCCUUUGUGAGAGGAAAUUGGAGAAAUGAGGCAGAAAGCUCUUUUGCUCUUUUAGCUAAAUCCUGCCAUGACGUGGACUUGAUCCAUCACUGGGCUGGAGGACGCAGGUGUAUAAAAGUUUCAUCAUUUGGAUCUCUCAGCCAUUUCCGAAAAGAAAACAAGCCACCAGGAGCAGCGAAUCGUUGCUUGGACUGUUCUGUAGAGACAGACUGUGCGUAUUCGGCGAAGAAAAUCUACCUGGACAGAGUCAGAAAGGGAUGGGUGAGAUGGCCGGUGUCGGUUAUAUGCGGCAGUUCCGUCUCUGAUAUCGAGUCAGUAACCGAGGCCUUGAAAACAGGUCCAUACGGUCGCUGUGUCUAUGAGUGUGACAACGACGUGUGCUCAAAUCAGGUUGUUAACAUGGAAUUUGAAGGAGGCCUCACUGCUUCUUUUAGCAUGGUGGCAUUUACAGAAGAGGUGUGUCAGCGCAGAACCAGUGUCUAUGGCAGUAAGGGGGAGCUGACCUACAACGGCCAGGAGAUCCAAGUAUUCGACUUUCUCACUCAGGUAUCCACAAAGCACACAGUGGACAUGACUGUACCGGGGAGCUUCAGCAAAGGUGGUCACGGCGUUGCAGAUUAUCAUCUCGUUGACACCUUCGUUUCAGCUGUGGCGAACGGAGACCCAGUGCUGGUCCAGUCCGGUCCGAAGGAAACGCUGGCGAGUCACAGGCUGGUGUUCGAGGCCGAGCGUUCUCGUCUGGAGAACAGAGUGGUGAUGUGUGAAUGAUUACAACUAGACCAUGAAGGCCCAAACUUUUUUUUUCUUUUUUUAAUGACUGCAUUAAUGAUAGUAUUUGACAUUUUAAACUCUAACAUUCAUUUUAAGUUGCAUUGCAGGCAAAAUUGCCCUUUCUGUCUGGAUGCAAAGGAUGGCUUACUCUCACAACUGUCGAGGGUUUUCUAUAGUUUUAAUACCAGUAAAACCAGUAAAUGAUUAGUAUCUGUGAACUUGUGUGUGCAGCCUUCCUCUGCGUGUGUUACACUGUCCUGUCACAUGGCAUCAACAGCAGUUUAAAGUUGUAGUGGCCUGUUUCAUGUGACCUUGAGGAAGCACUUGAAGGUGUUCGUCUUUAUUCUCCCAGGUUGGUGUCUAUUGUAUGUUCGGUAAAAUCUGACUGGUGUGAGAAUCGCAGAUGAACCAGAUGAAGAGGAAAAAAUGGGAAAAACUUCUUUUCCCAGCAUCAGAUGAAAAUUGUUCUGAUUUGAUUUUAUUCCGAUUUUAUGAGACAGCUAUUACGAUUUUAGACAUUGCUUUUAAAUUCUGUAUGUAUAAUUAUUUCAUUAAUUUUAUUAUUUGCAUUUAUUUGUUUAUAAUCAAUCUUUAGAAAGAGUAAGCAUCAAUUUAGACUUUUUUUUCUAAUAGUAGAACAAAUAAACAUUUAGAAACCAAUUUUGUGCACAAUUACUGUAUAUAUAUUUAUCCUGUCCUGUUCUUAAAAAUAAGUGAUGUAAUGCUGUUUUGUCUCCAUUUACAUGAUCACAUGUUGAGAUGAACAAUCCUGAAUGUCUCGGUUGAUCUGUGUAUCUUGUGUACGAGUAAAGCAUGUUACCACGUGUUA